GGGUUUACACGAGGGGGGGGGAUGUUGUUCGGUUCAGUUCUACCGGCUCGGCCCAGUUGGAUCGCAAGUGCCGAUGGGAGCAGCAGCGUUGCCGUCGCCCGACGCUGUGUGGCUUGACAUCGCGACGUCCUUCAACAACAAACAAUAACAAUCAGACGAAACACACACACACAUUGGGCCGUUGAACUGUUUUUACUGCUGGAAAUCCGGCUCUUCUUUUCCUCGUGUGUGAUCGUAUGUGUCUCUCUUUCUCUCUCUAUGUGAAUGUUUAUGUGUAUUCAAGUGCUUCGAAUUCUAAGUCUGUCUCUCAACCUAAACACGAGUAAGUUUCCCAUUUUCCUUAAUUCCUUCACGAUUAUCAGAUUUUUGGGUUUGAUUGGCAUUUCCUCACAUGCCUUUGUGGAGAGAAAGAGAGGAGGUAGCGGUUGAAUGAUGCCGGAAGGAUUUCAUCAACUCUUAAGACGAUCAUUUGUGGGUUUUGAAACAUCCGCAGCGUUGGAAGUUUUGUCGGUAAAUUUCAAUGCAUCCGUCCCGGAAGUGUUCUCGCAGGAUGGCGAAAUUUCAAAAGUGAUUGUUUCCCUCCCAAAUAAAGGAAACGAAGGAUAGACCCAUAAAACAUUGAAGGUUGUUUUUUCCCAGACGAAGGGGAAAAAAAAAAAGAGGAUGAAACGGCCGAGUAGUUUCAAUGGUCUGCUGGUGAUGGCCAGUCUAAUCAUGGCGCAGAUGGGUGUUUCGGUUGAAUCCCAUCCGCUACAGAGGCGGCUCGAUCAUUGGGCUUCAACAAUGACGGAAUCGGAGGAUCACGCUCGUCCCAGUCGAAGCACGCGCGACAUCAACGACAACUUGUUGAUGUUUCUGAUGACUUUCGGGUAUUUGCCGCAGUCGGAUCUGGAAACUGGGAAUUUACGAACGGAGCAUCAGGUCCGUGAUGCCAUCAAAACCUUACAGGCCUUUGCCCAUAUUCCCGUUACGGGAAUAGUCGACGAGGCGACACGUGAGCUGAUGAAAAAACCGCGCUGUGGACUGCCUGACAUCAAUUCAGACUCUUAUCGGGCAAAACGGUCAUUGAGCAGCCAUGAGGAAUCGGAGCCGAGACAUAGGCUGCGACAUCAGGCUUCGAGGACUACACGAAAUAAACGCUAUACUGUCCAAGGUCAGCGCUGGCACUACACCAAUUUGACAUGGAGCUUGCGGAAAGGAGCCAAGUCCAGGGACAUGGACAGUGGACAGAUCCGCUACCAGGUGCACCGGGCACUCAACCUGUGGCAAGAGGCUUCCCGGCUCACCUUUACCGAAGUUAACCAUGAAGAUGCAGACAUCCGCGUCUCGUUUCAUUCGGGUUUCCACAACGACGGAUAUCCGUUCGAUGGCAAAGGAACGCUGCUGGCGCACGCAUUUUUUCCGGGGACAGGGAUCGGUGGUGAUGCCCAUUUUGAUGAUGAAGAACCUUGGGUUCCAGACGAAGCCACUCAAAAUUCGGAAUUGAGCUUCUUUGCCGUUGCGGCUCACGAAUUUGGGCAUUCGCUAGGACUUUCCCAUUCGUCCGUUCAAGGGGCCAUUAUGUUCCCAUAUUACCAAUCCGUCGAUGGAAGUUUUUUGCUGCAUUCGGACGACAUUACCGGAAUCCAAGCCAUUUACGGCAGUCGAAAUGAAGGUCGGGUUACCAAUCCGGCUUUGAGACCGUCUACGACAACAACUCCCAGUCCAAGGAUAACAGGCAAGCCCGAAAUUCCUACCAAACCCACUCAACCGACCAAAAAACCCGUCCAUCCUCCCAAACCCCAUCCUCGUCCUCCUCAUGGAGGCCGAAAACCCAGCACAUGCGAUACCACUUACGACGCCAUCUCCAUCAUUCGCCGUGAACUCUUUAUUUUUAAAGAUAGGUAUUUCUGGAGAAUCGGACCCACUGGAUUGGAGGCAAAUUAUCCCGUGGAAAUUGAACGUUUUUGGAGCAAGUUGCCAGUCAAUCUCACUCACAUUGACGCCAUCUAUGAAAAACCGUCUGGUCAGAGAGAAAUGGUCAUUUUCAUCGGGAAACAGUACUGGAUCUAUCCGAAUAAUGAACAAGGACUUGGACCCUAUCCGUUAACAAAUUUGGGUUUACCAACCGAUCUGGAGAAAUUGGACGGAGCCUUAGUUUGGGGACAUAAUGGAAAAACAUACUUUUUCAGCGGGUCAAUGUAUUGGAGGUUUGACGAAGAGACGGGUAAGGUGGAGCUGGACUAUCCUCGGGAUAUGUCCAUGUGGAAAGGAGUACCGUAUAAUAUCGACGCAGUAUUCCAGCACACCAAUGGGAAAACAUAUUUUUUCAAAGGCAAAGUGUUCUGGGAGUUUAAUGACAGGCGGAUGCGGGUAGUCAACCCUAUUCCGUCUUUAUCGGCCCCAUAUUGGCUGAGCUGUCCGACCGGUAUGCAAACUUUAGAGGAGGACAUGAACGCAGGACCGGGCGAGGGCCGUUACCAAGUAGUCGAUAUUAUUGCUUCUUCAAAAUCAAUUUCUGCGAGCCCUGCUGCUGGGCUUCAGUGGUGCUUAUUCUCUUGCCUCUUGCUCGGGUGGUUCAUUCAUGAUUCAUGGUAAAACAUAAUAAAAAGGUUUUAAGUUUUCAAACGUCUGAAAUUUUCAUCUGUGAUAAUAGACUGCUUGAAAAUCAGAACCAUCUUUUUGAGUAAACAUGUCAUUGUCCACUGUUUAUUUGCACGUGUACGUUAAUAGCUAAUUCUUAUUUAUUUUUCCUUUUGUUUUUUUAAAUUAAAUUAACCUUUUUAUUAUCAAAAAAAUAAAUUGUCUUUUCUUAUUGAAUAACUACAUAAGAACGCCACUCUGCUUGAAUGUACUGUAAAACUACGUCACCUUUUACUGGAAAAUAUAAAAGGGGACUAAUUUAAA